AUGCCCACAUAUAGCACCUCGGCGUCCAAUGAAGACUUCUUCCGAUUCACAUCAGGACGAUGGCUGCACGACGAGGACAACCAAAACGCACUGCGGUACCAACGCUUCAACGUCGAGGCGCUAAAGAACGCCGCCACGCUCAGCCUCUCAGAUGCACCUCAAGCUCAAGUGUCCAACUUUAGCAAACUAGCAGAGGGACGAUGCAACAAGGUGUUUGACGUGCAAUUCACGGAUGGGCGGCGGGUGUUAUCGCUCGCGUGCCCACUCCCCUCGCUGGACCUGCGCACUUGGGAGCGGUUGGGGUUGGUGCAGGUCCCCCGGGUUCUUUCGUGGUCUUCGCGGGCAGAGCACACGCCCGUCGAAGCGGAGUAUGUUAUCAUGGACGUCGCGGACGGUGUAGAGCUGCCAUUCUCGGUCUGGCACCAGCUGACCAUGCACCAGAAACUACGCCUGGUGGACCAAUGGAUUAAAUUUGAAUCUACGGUCAUCAAGGCCCUCUCGGGUGGUGGGUACGGCUCGCUGUAUUAUCGCAAGGACCUUCCGCCAGAGGUUGCGCGGGAUGUAUUCGUGGACGGCCAGGCGGAAGAGGAGUUUGCACUCGGUCCUAGUACCGUACAGCUCGGGUAUUGGGAGGAACGCUUCGGCUGGCCGAGAGACCUAGACCUUGACUGUGGACCAUUUCUACAACUGAAUGUAUCCUCCAGGGCCAGAUGUCUUAUCCCAUCUCAAAUCUCUCUCCGACUCCGAGCGUGCCUGGAUCCGCAAAUUCGGCACGCCCCUCUCGUACGGCAGGCGCACAUACAGGGCACCAUGGGAGCUCCCUCCGCACCUCCAGAUCCCCUCGAACCACAUCCGCCUGCUCGACCAGUACGACGACAUCGCCCCUACCUCAUCCCCAAGGACAAAUCUUUCCACCGCCCCGUUCUCACCCUCCGCUACUCGCACCAGAACAACAUCUUCCUCUCCCGCGAGGCGCUCGAACGCGACGGGACCAUCCAGAUCUCAGCUGUGAUCGACUGGCAGCACACCGCUGUCCUCCCCCUCUACCUCACGACGUUCAUUCCGCAGUUCAUCCAGCUGGCCAUCCCCGCACCCGGGCAGCCCCAGGAACAAUUCACCAAGGAAAUAGCGUACCUCCGCAAAGCGUACCACGCGUUGUAUUACGAAACAGGUGGAGACGUCGAUUGGGCGACGAUUGUAAUGUCAGAGAUUGACGGGAGUUUCCCACUUUCGCAGACGGUCCCUGCAGGGGCAGAGCGAUGUUGGCAUAGGGGGUAUGCCAAUCUCAAAAAGCGUCUCAUUGACAUUGGGACCCGGUGGGUACAGCUAAUUGGACCUGGCGUUCCCUUUCCUCGUCCUGAACUGUGUUCUGACCCGGAGGAGGCUGUGCGCGCCGAGGAGGACGAUGUAAAGUGGACUGAGGUUGCCGGCGAGUUGGAUGCGAUACAGCGGUUUGUUGGUGUGGGGUCGGCUUGGGGGGUGUCGAAUGAGGACUAUGAGGGGGCUGUCGCGGCGAAUCGGGAGUUGUGCAAGGCUUGGGUUGAAAGUUUGACCGAGGAGGACAAGAGAGGGAUGGGUGGUGUGGAUCCUGUGGAUAUUUGGCCAGUUCGACCUUGA